UCAGACGAACAGACAGACAUAAACAAGGCUCAGUGUCCAGGGUAGCGUGCGUCGUGCGGGCUAAACUAACUCUAAAUUUCGGAUUUUAAAGACUUUUUAUUUCGGUAACAAUGUUUGGUAACAUAUGUGUAAUACACUCGUUAUAUCCACUGUGGGGGACAAUGAAAAGUAAAGAAACUGAUUUAUUAUUGUUCAUUGUGUCCAACAAUGCAGUGGCAAUUCUGUACCUGGAACCGGGGGGCCAAUGGGAGCGGGAGGCGUGGCUUGACUGGAGCGGCGCAAUUGGCCGCACGUACCCCCGCCCACUCUAGGAGGCAGGGAUGCCAUCCUUGCCGCUCCACAGUCAGUUUACUUCUGCGACCCGAACAGUGAACAUGACGAGUCACGCGUAUCCCGGGUUCACGAUGAGUUCGCCGAUGGAAGGUCAAGAGCAACACAUCAAGAGACCCAUGAACGCUUUCAUGGUCUGGUCCAGGAUACAACGGAGGAAGAUCGCACUGGACAACCCCAAGAUGCACAACUCCGAGAUCUCCAAGAGACUGGGCGCCGAGUGGAAACUCUUGACAGAAAUGGAGAAGAGACCGUUCAUAGACGAAGCUAAAAGACUGCGGGCGAUGCACAUGAAGGAACACCCCGACUACAAGUACAGACCUCGCAGAAAGCCAAAGUCUCCAGGACAAACAAGUAUCCCCAAGGGCUCGCCGACUCUGUACCCAACAGGACCCACCACGGCUGCAGCGUUCCCAAGCUUCCCGCUGCCUCCGUACUUUGCCUCGCCUUCGCCCCACCUCGAGAGUCUUUCCGCAGCAUACCCUCCACUUCCGCACUACUUCGGGUCCGCCUUCGACGCCGUCCAUCUCUCCAAGCUAGUCCAGAACCAAGCCGCCACCGCGGUUUCUUCAGAGGCCUCCAAGUACGCUUCCAACCCCGCCGUCGCCGUUGUCAGCUCGCUCUACUCCUCGCUGUACCCAACAUCUGCCUCAGGAAAGCUGCCUCCGCCGCCACUGUCGUUCUUCCACCAACCUCCACCUCCACCGCACUUCCUGUUCUCCGGCCAGCAGUCUCCAAGCUCCAGCCCAGGGUCUACGCCCACCUCCUCCGCUUCUACUACCCUGGACAUCGACCAGCUGAGGAGGCCCGUCUCCGUCAUAUACUAGGACCAAGUUUUGUCGGAGGUAAGGAGUUACCGGACCCAGUUACCUACCCAUGUGUCGGACUAUUGAGUGUGUUUCCAUUUAUCUGUAGUCGGUAAGUCCAUCGGUUUUUCUAUAUUUUUAGUCCACGUUAGUAAAUGUUUUCGAUAACUUAGUGUAAUGCAAAGUUCAGUUUUGAUUGCACAAACACUUAUAACCUAUAUUUAUUUCGAGUUUAUAUAUUUUUAGUUAGUUAAAUUAUUAGUUUUUUUACAGAUAUUCAACACCAAACUAAGUUAUUAUUACAUCUUACAUUUUAUCUUUCAGCUUCGUGUUAAAUUUUACAAGUUUUCAUUUUGUUUAAAGGAAAGGAAAUAUUUAGUUUAAAAAACAGCAAUAAAAUGUGCCAUUCCUUUUUUUAACGUAUCCACUUAAACAUGACGUCUAAAUAUUAUCUAACCCCGUUGAAUAAUUUUGUUUUUAAAAAUUAGGCUAAAUCCUCUCUCACUGCCUUGAGGUUUACAAUUGCAGGAGCACUUUCUAUCGUAUGCAGUAACUUUUAUUGCCAAUCAUCGUUUACAUUCUCAAAUUUUUGCUAAAAACCAUAAUAUAUAACAUAACAUAACCAGUUCGGUAUGUAAUUUAAUUAGCUAUUUUAUUAGUUAAUAAAUAUAAGUAAUUAACCAAUCCUACAACUUAAUUAACCUACAAUUUAUUUUUAGCCAUCUUUUCU